AUGCCACGUGUAUACCAUCGACUGGGUCUCCGAUUCAAAAUUGGCCACCACCUAACAGCGACCUUCCCUGCUCCUGCACACACAACCGGGGGAGGGGGUUGGGAUGUGGGUAUGGUACUUUUUAAGUUCCUUCCCGCACUCCAGCCGCUUGAUUUGCUGGGUCCGAAGUUGGGCUGGGUUGGGUUGCCGGAGUACUGGUGGGGAGUCGCCCAUGUUGGACGUUGGAGGGCGCUUGCUUGCAUGCAUGGAUUGGUUUGGGAAGUACCUGAUGGAAACAGUAUUCCAGGGACAAAGAGGCGAGGGAAACUUUUACGGCGUGUUGAAUGUGCGCUUUCAUAG